AUGGCCUGGAAUAAUCAGUCAGUCAUAACUGAAUUCAUACUACAGGGUCUUUCCAGUUCUUGGGAACUCCAGAUGGUCUAUUUCCUGUUUUUCUCUGUAGUCUAUGCAGCCACUGUGCUGGGGAACCUCCUCAUUGUGCUCACCGUUAUAUCAGAGUCACGCCUGCACUCCCCCAUGUACUUUCUGCUGGGCAACCUCUCCUUCAUUGACAUGUCUCUGGCCUCAUUUGCCACUCCCAAAAUGAUUACAGAUUUCUUCAGGGAGCCCAAAGUCAUCUCUUUCGAAGGCUGCAUCAUCCAGAUAUUCUUCCUGCAUCUCUUAGGGGGUGUUGAGAUUGUGCUGCUGAUAUCCAUGUCUUUUGAUAGGUAUGUGGCUAUUUGUAAGCCCUUACGCUAUUUAACCAUCAUGAACUGGAGAAUGUGCCUUGGGCUUGUGACACUUUCCUGGAUUGUCGGCAUCUUCCAUGCUAUGAGUCAGUUAGCAUUUACUGUGAAUCUGCCCUUCUGUGGGCCCAAUGAAGUGGACAGUUUCUUUUGUGAUCUUCCCUUAGUGAUUAAACUUGCCUGCGUAGACACAUACGUUCUUGGAGUGUUCAUGAUCUCAACCAGCGGCAUGAUUGCCCUAGUGUGCUUCAUUCUCUUGGUGAUUUCCUACUCUGUCAUCUUGGUCACUGUUAGGCAACGCUCUUCUGGUGGGUCCUCCAAAGCUCUCUCCACCUGCAGUGCCCACUUCACGGUUGUGACCCUUUUCUUUGGCCCAUGCAUUUUCAUUUACGUGUGGCCUUUCACAAAUUUCCCAAUAGACAAAGUUCUCUCAGUAUUUUAUACCAUUUUCACUCCCCUCUUAAAUCCAGUAAUCUAUACUCUUAGAAAUAAGGAUGUCAAGGAUUCCAUGAGAAAACUUAGCAGCCGUGUCUUGAAGUCUACAAAGACUGAUCAUAGCCCUUGA